AUGUCACGGGCCAUGGUAGCCAUACUGGUGGUGCUGCCCCUCCUGGCGCUAUCGGCGCACGCCAACGGCACUCCUCGCGGUGCCAGCCUGCCCCGUUCGGCACUCCUGUCCGCGAGGCGCUGGCUGCUUGCUAAGGUCCAGCCCCGCUUGACCACCCUCGAGCCUGGGAAGCUUAAGGUCUGCCUCUAUGCAGGAUUUCCGCCCGCUGCAAUCCUGUUCCCCAAUGGCACCUGGGGUGGUGAGGAGGUACAGCACCUCACCUCGUUUGCCAAGGCCCACAACCUGGCGCUCACCGUCGUCGAGGUGCCAUCGUUCAAGGGCAUCUGGCUGCAGCCCGGGCUAGGCAACUGUGACCUGGCCGCCGGGGGCAUCAGCAUCACCCCUUCUCGUGUGACUGAGCUUGGCACCCGGGCGUCAUUCUCCACGCAUUACCGCGCAGACGCUCGCGCCCUGGCGGUGCGGUCCGUCACCGCAAGCGGUGCGCCGCGCAAGGUCGUCAUCAACGGGCCGAAAGAUCUGGCUGGCCGAGUGAUCCUGGUGACCAACGGGUCCACUGCGGAGACUGACCUCAAGGCACGCCUGAAGGCGGCGGGUGUCACGGCAACACUGCACUACACCAACAGCGAAGACAAGGCUGGCGCUGACGUGGCUGCGGGCACAGUGCUCAAGGGCAGCAAGGAGCCGGUGUUUGCGUACGCCACGGGUGCAGAGGGUGCCUUGGCCCUGGCCAACAAGCUGAAGGGUCGGGUGGCAGCUGCCUGGGUGCACUGCCUCAUGCUGGCGGACGGCACUGAGGUGCCAGAGCACCUGGGCUACGUCGCACGCACCCCAACAACAAGCAACAAGCGCGAUACCUCGCUGCUAGAUGCCCUCAAUGCCUACGUGGUCAACACCAAGGGUGGGCCCCAGGGCAAGUGGCCCAGUGACUUCAUCAAGUGUCCCCCCGCCCAGAACGGCACGCGGCGCUUCUAG